AUGGCCACUACUACCGCUCCCAUGACAGAGGGGGUGAUCCCUUUCACCUACGAGGGGGAAGAAUACCACACCUACUACAAGGUCUUUGGUGACCUCACCCCUCCCACCAAGACCCCAUUGGUUGUUCUCCAUGGAGGCCCCGGGCUCUCUCACGACUACCUCUUACCCAUAUCAGAUCUCGCUUCAGAGUCCAUUCCUGUCAUCUUCUAUGAUCAGAUUGGCAAUUCUCGGUCAUCGCACCUGAGGAACAAACCAUCUUCCUUCUGGACGAUCGACCUCUUCAUCGACGAACUCGUCAAUCUGCUCAACCGUUUUUCUAUCCGAGACUCUUUCAGCCUUUUGGGACAUUCCUGGGGAGGGAUCCUGGCGGCCGAGUAUGCGGUCCGUCGGCAGCCGCCCGGCUUGCGACGCCUCAUCCUUGCCGACUCUCUCCCUUCAUCUAGCUUGUGGAACAAGUCGACCGCGCAGCUCAUAUACACCAUGCCUAAGGAAGUCCAAGAGGGGAUGGCAUGCGGAUUAAAGAAUCCACGCAGGUUCAAGGCGGCGUUGGCGCAGUUCCACGCGCAGUACUGUUGCACCACGAAGCCAUUUCCCAAGGAGCUCGCGCACUCAUUCGAUCUUGUGUUCGGGCCCCACGGCGAUCCUACUGUCGCGCACGCGCCGUUACUCAAAAAAUGGUCCAUCAUUGAUCGCCUCCAUCUUCUGCGCAUGCCCACGUUGGUGAUAAACGGGCGCAAGGACAUAGCCCAGGAUUUUGUUGUUGAGCCGUUCUUCGACAACAUACCCAAGGUGAAGUGGGUCACUUUCGAGAAUUCGAGUCAUACACCGUUCUGGGAAGAGCGCGAGAGAUUUAUGCAGCUCGUAGAGAGAUUUCUCACUCCAGAGUCGUACGCAGAAAGGAAUAUUAUGUAG